GAGGCGUGACUUAAGGUUGAUUGAGUUUAUGGUCAGCGUCGAGGAAAACGAUUUGCGAUUUUUCACAGGAUCAGAGUGUAAAUGAUGCACCGAUGCAUGUUUUAACUCGUACCAGGAAUUGUGAACGUGGAUUAUUAUUAUCUGCAGUUUUUCUUCAAUUAUGCUAUAUUACAUGAUUCCCGUUCUUAGCUUGCAACAGAAAAACGAAGGUCGAGGACAACAUAAUUAGAAGUAUUGAGUUAACACUAUCCACAAUCAUGGAUAUAACUUUUCUAUUGCCAGCCAUUCUGUUCACGCUUCUCGCAAUUAUUUUGGCUUCAAAGUUAUUUCGUAACAACAGCUCAUCGACUGAACCCAAAGCGGAUAAAGCACAGUUGGUAAAAGGAGAGGUUAAAGCGGGAUUAGAGGAAUCGGGACGGUUGCUAAAUGUGACGGAAAAACUGGUAAAGACCAACAAAGGGUUACCAGAUGCCGAUCAAACUAAAUGCAUGGAACAUGAAUCCACUGAAAGGAUGAGUUGUGAUGUUGCUGCGGAUAUUGGUGCAGUUUCGGAGAAAAAGCGUACCGCCACCGGAGUUGAAGUUGAAAGAAAAGAAGAGAGAGUGUCAUCGGGUUUUACGGACGUUUUGGGAACAGCUGUUACUGAAGAGAUGAAUGACCCGACUUCAAGUCCAGGAAGCGAACAUGGAAUGAUGGGGUUCCCCAGCUCAGUGUCUCGGCUGGGCACUCCCAGCUACCCUCAAACAAGAACCACAGAGAGCCUAGAUGACUGGGAUGUGGAAGAUGUAGGUCCAAGCAGUCAAUCCCUUAAAUAUGCCCCCGGAACGCUGCGGACCAGUCCGCUGGAGAAGAUGAUGACCAGAGAGGAGCUGGAGGAAGAGCAGAGGGUGCAACGGGAACAGCUGGCAGCCAUUUUCCAGCUGCUGAAAGAAAACAAAGAAACGUUUGGUGAGGUGUCGGAAGGAGACAUGCAGGAGCAGCUCAAACUCUACUCUAUCUGAGACACUCCAACUACACGAAAGGGUUUCUAACAACUCCACCAGCUCUUAAAAAAAUCCAUUAUACCCACCCACUGUAGCUAAAUAUGAGGUCUUCACUGACUACCAGAGUUAAGUUUUCCUGGUCAAAUGCUUUAGUAUAAUUUUGGGAACCCUUAUUCUAAACCUAUAUAAACACAAAGACAAGACCUCCAUCUUCCUCCACCAUUUGGUUCUCCACAGAUCUCUUGUACAUAUAAUCCACAGCCUACUGUUGCAACACUAAGAUUAUCUGUGUGCACUGUAUUAAAGCAUUGUAAUCAUGUACUUUGUUUUAUGGGUGAAUGAAUGUAAUAAACAGUUCUAUUUAUUAAAGUAAAUGUUGGCUAGUAAUCUGAUAA